GUGCACAUAGAGAUACACAUACACCAAUCUGUACGUAUACAACAACCAAUUAACAUGAAUCUUCUAAAGCCCACAUCUGCAAAUUCAUGCCCACUUACUCCUCUCACCUUCUUAGAACGAGCGGCAACCGUUUAUGGCGAUUGUACUUCCAUUGUGUUCAAUAACACCACCUUUACAUGGGCCCACACCCACCGUCGCUGCCGCCAGGUGGCCUCCUCCCUCGCCAGAUUAGGUAUCCGGAGAGGUGAUGUUGUGUCUGUUUUGGCUUAUAAUGUUCCGGCAAUGUAUGAGCUUCAGUUUGCUGUGCCAAUGUCCGGUGCUGUGCUUAAUAAUUUAAACACUCGUCUUGAUGCUCGGACCAUCUCUGUUAUGCUUCGACAUUCGGAGUCCAAAAUGCUGCUUGUUGAUGUCCAUCUUCGGGCUCUUGCGCUCGAGGCGGUGUCCAGGUUUCCGCCCGGGACACCGCCCCCUGUGCUUGUUCUCAUUAGGGAUCUUGAAGAAUCUUUGUCUCUCCCACCGACCGUUGAAUCAAGGGUGAACGAGGUUGACUUUCUUAUGUCGUACGAGGAUUUGGUUAAGAAAGGGAACUCGAAUUUUGAUUGGAUAAGACCUAUCAACGAGUGGGAUCCAAUCACAUUAAACUACACUUCCGGGACCACGUCAGCACCUAAAGGAGUUGUUCAUUCUCACCGUGCAAUCUUUAUCAUAACCGUUGAUUCACUUAUGGACUGGUCCGUACCCAAAAACCCGGUUUAUUUAUGGACCCUACCCAUGUUCCACUCUAACGGGUGGAGCUUCACUUGGGGCAUGGCGGCCUUCGGCGGCACCAACAUUUGCCUCCACAAGUUCAACGCCGACAACAUCUUCUCGGCCGUGGACCGCCACAAAGUCACCCACAUGUGUGGCGCACCGGUUGUGCUCAACAUGAUAGCAAACUCGCCCAAUGCUAAGCCGUUGAAAAACCCGGUUCAUUUCUUGACCGGUGGAGCCCCGCCGCCCUCGGCUGUUGUCCUCCGGACGGAGUCGUUGGGUUUUAUCGUUAGUCAUGGGUUUGGUAUGACGGAAGUGGCGGGGGUCGUGGUGUCAUGUGCGUGGAAAGAGAAAUGGAACCGGUUGCCCGUGACAGACCGGGCGAGUUUAAAAGCAAGACAAGGGGUAAGAACCCUAGCGUUGACUGAAGUCAACGUGUUGGACCCUGAGUCAGGACUCGGAGUGAAACAUGACGGGUUGACUCAAGGUGAAAUUGUGUUAAAAGGGCCGUGUUUAAUGUUGGGUUAUUUAAAAGACCCGCUUGCCACGGCUAUGUGUAUGAAAGACAACGGGUGGUUGUACACGGGUGAUGUUGGGGUGAUCCACCCGGAUGGGUAUUUAGAAAUAAAAGAUAGGUCAAAAGAUGUGAUCAUAUCCGGGGGUGAAAAUGUGAGUAGCGUAGAGGUGGAAUCCGUGUUGUACACGAAUCCUGCGGUGCAUGAGGCCGCAGUGGUGGCUCGACAAGAUAAGUUUUGGGGAGAAACGCCUUGUGCGUUUGUGAGUUUGAUUGGAAAGGCGAAUUCGGAAGACAUAAUAAAGUUUUGUCGAGACAGAUUGCCGCAUUAUAUGGUCCCGACGAAAGUGGUGUUUAUGGAGGAGCUACCGAAGACGGCCACAGGAAAGAUCAAGAAAUUUUGGUUAAGAGAUAUGGCAAAGAAUUUGUCACCACCAAAAGAAAGGAGUAGAAUAUAAAGAUGGAUUUGGUUCAUUUAAGAUAUAUUUUUCUCUUUUUUGUUUAUUCAAAUUUUGGUAUACAUGUAACGGAUUUUAUACAAGAGGAAUACCUCUAAUUGAUGAUCGGUAGUAAUAAUUUUAUUGUUUUUUAGGUCCGAA